GCUCAGUGUCCUCGUAAGCUAGUGCGCAGGUGUGAGGAGGACACUUCGUUGUUGGGUGUUCUAGCUGCUCUCCAUCACACGUGCUCGCCUCACACGAAGGGUGUUACUCAUCGCCGUAUCCACCCCGAAACUCUGAUUACUCAUCGCCUGCAUUAUACCAUGACGAGGCUGGCUGCUACAGAACGGAAGAUCUCCGCUGUUCUCCACCAUCAGCCAGAGGACCCCUUCCGGUCCUGUGGGGGUCACUGCCGCUAGGGCACGCCACCCAGCCAUCCAGAUCUUAAGCAGCCGUACUACAGCAGCCUCGGCUCAGCUGGCGACGCACCUUUUUGUUGCUAUCAGCAGCCCAGAAGACAAUCAGCCAGCAUUCCUUGGAGGGACAUACGUGCCGAAAUCAGGACCCGAUGAUGCCUGCCCAUUCAAACACAAAGACUGUCGCGGUCGUGACGGGCUGCAGCAGCGGCAUCGGGCAGGGCCUCGCCGAGGUGCUCGCCGCCCGGGGCCUCACAGUCGUCGCCACAGCCCGCAAGGUCGAGUCCCUCGCCCACCUCACCAAAAAGCACGACAACAUCAUCGCCCUGCCCCUCGAGCUGGGCGACCUGCACAGCCUCGCGAGCUUUCGUGAUGCCGUGGCCAAGAGGACUGGCGGGCGUGUGGACAUCCUGAUCAACAACGCAGGCACGCACUAUGCCGCCACCGCAGCAGAUCUCGAAAUCGCCGAGGCCGAGAAGCUCUUCACCAUUAAUGUCUUUGCCGUGAUGCGCCUCUGCCAGCUCUUCCUCCCUAUGCUCCGCGAGUCUGCCAGCGAGGGCCGUGGCGGGCGCAUAGUGCAAAUUGGCAGCGUCACGCGCAACGUCCCCGUCGUCUGGCAGUCCGUCUACAAUGCGUCUAAGGCGGCUCUCAGCCAGUACACCAACACACUGCGGCUCGAGGUCAAGCCGUUCGGCGUCAGCGUCACCGAGGUCGUGACAGGCUACGUGCAAAGCAACAUCCUCCACCACGGCCUCGUCGCGCCCCCAGACUCACUGUAUUUGCCGAUCAAGGCCGACACGGAGCGCAUGAAGUACGAGGGAAACAGGACGGGAAUGCCCGCGCGCCUGUACGCCGAGUCGGUAGUGGACAAGAUAUUGCGGCCCAAGCCGAGCAGUGAGAUCUGGGAAGGGAAGCUCGCGUGGAUGCUUGGCUUCCUUGUCAACUUCUGUCCGUCCUGGUUCUCGCGCUGGGUAUUCUAUCGUAGUUUCAAACUUGAUAAGCUCAAGGUAUCGAGGCGAUGACUGUAACCUGGGGUAUUCGGCAGAGAAUUUCUGAGUGCAGGAAAUAUUCUAUCCCGAGGCUUUGACUUGGCUCUGAGAGUAUUUGCAACAGUAUGCUGCUCUGCAUCCACAACCUGUCCUCAGGGUCGCAUGUGCGGAAGGACUCCCUCCGAACCACCAGAGGCAAAUGCCAGGUCCAAAAGAGCAUCAUACCCGCACUUCGGAGGGGCCCUUUCAGAGGAUCCUCCACACGAGGAAAGCGAUUGGAGAAUCGGCCAUCAGGGGUUUAUUGCGUAUCUGUCGGACCACUCCGCCUCGUGUCCCACGGUCUUCUCCUUCCGGUCAACCUGGGCUGGAACCGUGGUCCGCUAGCAGCGAACAGAUACCUUCCUGGAAGGCACUGCACUUGACUAGAAACCCCAAUGCAGUUAAGAGCUGAAUAUUAAUUUCGUGUAUUGGAG